AUGUCUUCAUUAACAAGUCAUUGGAAACGAUUUAUAUCAGCUUGUGCUAGUUCAUCUACUGGUGGAACUAGUUGCUCAUCAUUUGUAUCGAAUUCGAAUGUAGGCGGAGGUGGCGGUGGCGGCGGUGCUAGCAGUGGUGUUCCAUCGUCGGCAUCACAGAAUUCUUUUCAAAAAUCUCCAUCUGAAUGGCAAUGUCUUAAUGAAACAAUAAAUCUCCUGUUAAAAACAUGUCCAGUAUCACGUUCAGCUAUUUUAGAUCACUUGGCUCCAUUGUACAUUGAAUAUUUUGUUACUUGGUGGCAUAUCAAUGCAGGAACAAUUGGGACUAAUCGUAGUAAUUUAAAUUAUGAAAGUCAAAAUUUACAAAGAGCUGAAGUUGUAUUACAAAGCAUACUGAAAACGAUUAAUGCAUUAAUCAUUCAUAAAGGAGUGACAGAUCAUUUUCUCGGUACAGUUUGUUCAUGGUGUCUUGUAUUAAUUCGACCUGUAUGUACUGUUCCACCAACUCAAUUAUUAUCAGAUUUAAUGGAUUUAAUUGGAUCACAUAGUAGUCGACAACAAGAUAAUAAGCAUAAAUCUUUUUCAAUAUCAAGUAAAACUUCAAAUAACAAUGUCAACAUAUCAACUAGUCGAAAAACAUUGCACAAGACUUCAAAUACUGAUAAUAUGAAUAUGAAUACAAAUACUAUUGGUGAUCGUAAUCGAUUCAAUCCGAUCAAAUCAACUACUACUACUAACACUACUACUAAUUAUCGAUAUGAUAAAAAGCACAAAUCUGAUCCUCGUUCCUUGUCAUCUUUAGCAUCCUCCACUGUUACACCACCUUAUCAUCAAUUAAUCCUAUCCGAUUCGGAUUCAUGUUCAAAUUCUAGUACUACUGAUGAAGAAAAUGAAUUUGCCGAUGUAGAUAACAUUGAUCAUACAGGCGAUGAUGGAAUGUUACCUACUCCUGCGGCUGCUACUGCUACUACUACUAAUACGAGUAGUAUGAGUCAUGAGACGAAUGAAACCAAUGAUGUGAAAUCAUUAUCUACCAGUUCAGAUAAUCGAAUUCAUUCUGAAGAGAAUGAAUCCAAUAAUAAUAAUAAUACUAGUAGUUGUAACAUACGAAGUACUAGUUUACAUUCAAAUGAUCAAUUAGUUGGUUCAUUGAAAAAGCCAGAUUCUCAUUCUGUUGAAGAUAAUAUGAUUGAUUUGGAUUUUAGUGCCAAGUCAGCUGUGAAUCAACAAAUUUUAGGCAUUUGGAUUAAAUGUCCUGUAUUGAUUGAUUUGUUGAAUAUUGUAUGUCAUUGUUUAAUGGGUUCAAAUAUUCGAUUAAGUUCAGUGCAAGCCCUAUUAGCUUCAUCCACUGUACUACUACCAUCAAUAUGGGGAGAUACUAAUGUACUGGACAAUACUAAACAUUGUCAUCAUCAUUCGCUCGCGGCGAAUUCUACCAUUCUACCUCAUUGGAUAAUGAUUUGGUUAUUAGAUCAAGCUACUAGUGGAAAUAAUUUAAUAUCGACCGGAGGAAUACAAAAAUUAAAUGAAUUAUGUCAUUUGAUAUUAACCUCAGCACUACAUCCAUUCAAACCAAAUACUCUACAAUGUGCUUUGUUACCAGAUACAUUGGGUGGUUAUUUUUUUAAUCAAAAUAAUUUUGAUUUCGAUUUUUGGAUGACAGUGUGUUUAACACACUUAUUAUUUCUUGGUGAUUCAGUGCCAGAAUUCCUAGCGGAUUGGUUACGCAACAAAUUUGAACCAAUUUCUACCUAUGCUUUAAGCAUAACAAAUGAAUCCGCAUUAGACCACGAUCACAAACAAAAUCCUUUAAUUCAAGAAACCAAACUAUUACAUUUAAUUAUUAAUUUAAGUCUAAUCACAGUGCCGAUUCCGCCACAAUCUCCGUCGGAACUACAACAACAAAUUCCUUUGAAUAACAACAAUAUUCCCUUACCAUUACCAACAUCAACAACAACAACCACAACUGAUCUAAGCAUCGAUCAUCAUCAUUAUCAACAACAACCUUGGAGGUAUCCUUAUACGCCGAAAAAUUUCAAUUAUGGUCUCCCACCUAGUACAACAUAUCGUCCACCAUGUGUACAGAAAGACAUGGAUUGUACACCAAUGUCAUCUCAUUUCAAUAUGCCACCUAUACCACCAAGAAAUAUGAAUCCAAUCUUAUCUACACCUGGUCAUCAUCUUCCCAUCCCACCGAAUAAUAAUAGUAAUAAUAAUAUGUUAAAUUCAAACAUGUCACCAGGUCAACAAACUAAUUUUAUGCCAUUUCGACUAAAUUUCACUCAAUCGUUUGAAAUCCCCGCUCGUCGUCCACCUCAUGCACCACACCAACAACCACCACCGCCAGCACCGCCAACAUUACUUCAAGUUCCGCCAAUGAAUAUCACUACAAAUCGUUCCAAUUUGAAUGAUUCACAUCCUAUGCUUACUGGUGCUAUAUUAUCAUUGUUUAAUGAACGUCAAUCAAAUAAUAAUUAUCUUCUGUCCUCCUCAUCUACUGGUAGUAGUAGUAGUAGUAGUAGUCGUCAAUCAACUUCUCUACUAUGGAUAAUUAGUUUAAUUAGACGUAUAAAAUGUGUUACGCUGUCUUUUAUAAUUGAUCAAUUGAUAACAUUAACUCCAUUGCAAUUAUUUGCUCUGUUACGAAAUCAACAUGAAUUUACUUAUCAGUCAGCUGUUGGAAUAAUUCAACUUUUAGUUAAAAGUAUAUUACAAGCUCCAGUCAAUUCAAAUAUUGAACGUCUUUUAAUAUAUUUAAUAAAUAUAAGUGAAUUAGACUCAUCUCAAUUAUGUAGUACAUCUUCAGGGAAUGUAACAACUCCCACCACUACUACUACUACUACCACAUCGACAACAACGAAUACCACUGAUGAAACAACCUAUUGUUCUGAAGCUAAAAAAUCCAAAUUGAGCUCAGAUGAUCAAUUAUACCAAUCUGUAUUAGAAUAUCAUAAAUUUUUGAAUAAUUUUAUAUUAUAUUGUCGUGAAUUAUUAAGAAUUCUCUGUGAAUCUACAAUCUUUCUAACUUAUUCAUCUUCAGAGACAAGCGAUUUAUUAGAACGUGGUGGUUGUGAAGUCUAUCUAUGCUGUUGGAGAUCUGUGAAACCAAAAACCAAUUCAGAUGAACAAUUAUUCACAUCACAAACAUCAUUGAAAUCCUCCUCCUCUACCACCACCACCACUAAGCCAUCAACAUCAUCAUCAUCUCUAGCACAAUCCACAUUUUGUCCAUUAAUGUUAUUCUUUCCUAUUUUAAAUGAAAUCCAAUCAAUUUGGAUAGCUAGAACAUCUAUACGACCGUCAGCAUUAUCGACAACAACAACGACAAGUACCACUGGAACAUUGACAAUGCCUUCAGUUCGAUCCAUUGAUACAUCGACAUCGAUCAAUAUGAUGCUUCGUCCAUCAAUUUUUCCAAUUCUAUCAAUACAUAGUCAUCAUUUAUUAAUGAAUAGUCAUAGAAUGGAUACUACUACUAAUAGUAGUAGUAGUAGCAGUUAUAACCAUCAUCAUCAUCAUCAUAAUAAUACCUCUUUAUCAUUACUUCAUCCCAAUGGUACUCUUUACAUACAACAACUUCUUGCUAAUAAAUUUUUCCCUUUAUUAUGGUCUAAUUUAGUGAAAAGUGAUGAUGAAUUACGUAUUUGUGUGCUGCGUAAUCUGCUCUGGUUAGUACAUAGAGAAUUGGCGUUAAUUGAAAAGAAUUCUUCUGGUCAUCCACGUUUAUUGUUAUUUGCUUUAAGUGGACAACUUGAUGAGAUUAUGAAAAUGAUGAUGUUAAAAUGUGUUGAUAUUCAGUGUUUCAAUGUGUUGCUUAGUCUUUGUGAAUGUCUAUUUGCAACAUUUCAAUUUCCAACCAAUCAUAAUCGUUGUUCAAUCUAUAAUCAUGUUAACCAUUCUACAACCACAAUCAACCAAUCAAUGAAAUGCAAUGAAUCGUCAACAACAAAUCUUAAUUAUAUUAAUAAUAAUUAUUAUUAUUAUCAUCAUCAUCAUCAGCCUCCUGCUGCUGCUGCUGCUGCUGCUCCACGUUCUCAGCAUGUCACGCCACAAUCACGUCAUGCAUUGAAAACACCUCAUCAUUUGCGUUGUGAUCAUCAUCAUCAACUUGUAUUCAGUUUUUUAACUAUCACAUCUGCUCAAUGUAUACAAUUAGCUAAUUCGUUUGUACAAUUGACCAGUCGUUUAAUUUUUAUGUUAAAUGUGGAUCACUCAUCGCCAGCAUCAGCAUCGACAUCAUCAUCACUAAGUAUGAUGCCAUUGUUUAUAUUGGGUCGUUUUCGUAAUCUGUUGAAUUUUUUAUUUGUCAAUAUUCAAUCAACAGUGUUUCGUUCAACUAUUAUGCGAUUAAUACCAAAAGUGAUUAUGUCUAGUCGUUUAAAUCCAUACAUGGAUAAUUUACUGAAAGAUAACCACCUGCCUUACAUGGAUUAUUUUAAUGAUGUUGAUCAUAAUCAUCAAUCUGGUUUAAAUAUUUCCUGCUUACCGUCAAAUUUUUUCAAUCUGACUAAAAAUAGAACAAAUGGACAAAUCACCUCACAACAACAUGAUUCGCUAUUGUUAAUUGAUAAUCCACCGAAAAAAUUUGGUCAUUCCAUUGAUGACGAUCAAGAUGGUUUGAUUCGUGGUCAAUUGAAACCUAGAAUGAAUAAUAUCAAUAUUAAUAAUAAUUAUACCAAUAAAAAUAUACGAUUAUUGACUCGUCGAGGUCCAGGUGAAAGUUCACUUGGACUUGGUUAUCAUUCCACUGAGAAUAGAAUACUGUUCUGUAUGAGUAAUACUGAUGAGUUGAAUGCGACAGAUUAUCAAUUAUCGAAUUGGUUUCAUUGGUUAAAUUUAAUUCGUUUCAUGCUGAUGCCCAGUAAACAUUUGUAUCAUUUAUGCAAUACUAUGGAAUUACAAUAUUCGACUAUACAACCAUUCGACAUGUCCUCCUCCUCCUCCUCAUCAUCAUCACCACCGUUAAAACAACAACACGAUCAAUUCAUUCAUUUAUCCAAUAAUCAUCAAUUAAUGAUUGGUUUAGAAGAUAUUGUUCUCAUUCAAGGCGGUUUACAUAUACCACAAACAUCAAUCACCAGUUUACCAUAUCCUACAUUGAAUUUAGUCUUACCUCCAAGUGGUGUUGGUUUAGAACGUGUAUUAAAUAUAUUAUAUGCUUUUUGUCCGGAAAUUAAACAACUUAUGUCUAAUAAUAAUGGCAAUAACAAAUUGAGUACCGCUCUAUCUACUACUUAUAAUAAUAAUAGUAGUAGUAUGAGUAUGAGUAGUAGCAGCAAAUUUUCAGUGGAUUGUCAAAAUCAAUGCAUACAUUUCUCUUCACAAGGUAUUUUAGAAUUGUCAAUGAUGAUGAAUAAACUGAAUUUGAAUACUUAUGGAUUACCGCCAUUAUUACAUCCACUGCCUGUGUAUGCAUCAUAUUUCACUGAAGCUUCUGUUCUUAACUUUUUGGAUCCUAUAUCAUUGUUAUCAACACCGAAAAUUCUAUUAGGUCUACUAAUGGGUUUAGAAGCUGUAUGGGCAUCACCUCUUGCACCAAGAAUUUCAAUACCGAUGGCAAUAAAUUAUUUAACACAAAUGGAUAAUGGUGCCUAUGUGGAACAAUCAUUUCCAGUGUUUGGUGCCAUGGAUGUAUGUAAAGUACAUGCACGUAAAAUCACUGUGGAUUAUGCUUAUCGUCGAUUAGAUAUUCAUUCAAGUAUAUUUAAAUUAACACGUAAAUUGUUAUUCUAUUUAAUGGAAAUAUGUUAUGUACAAGAUUGUCUUGAGAAACGAAACCAGCAACAACACCAACAAGGCAAAGCCGAAGAAGAAGAUGAUGACGAGGCAAUAAACACUAAAAAAAAAUUAUCAAUCCCAUGUAAUAAAUCUAUUGAAGAAUCAUUAAAAUCCACUGAACACUCAUCAUCAACAUCAUCAUCAUCAUCAACAUGUACACCGGCAUCACUUGAUUAUUACGCCGCCCCAUUAGAUCGCUUAUUACAUUGUCUUACACCAAGAGAAUUAGCUAUACUCUUAUCAGAUAUACGUCGAAAUCUUCGUUUACGUAUAGCAUUCUAUCAUAUGAAACAAUGUAAAUCUCUGCUGGAUCAUCUAUUCAAUGAAAAUCAUGAUGAUAAUGAUGAACUACAGCAACAACAACAACAACACCGACUACUACCUUUAUCAAUGAUGACAAUCAUCAUGUUAAAUCCUAUUCCACCAGCGCCAGCAUUUAUUACACCUGGUCUAUUGAUUGCUUUACUACAAGCACAUUUAAUGGAACAGGGUAUUGCUGAAUGUUUAGGCGCAUUGAUACGAUCAAUGGAAGUGUUGAUACCAUGUUCAGUAACAAUGGCGACGGCCCCUUCUACUGGUAGUAGUAGAAACCAACAACAAUUAACUACUGCUGAUCGAUUCAAACGACAAUCGAAUCGAAUGAAAAUGGAUGAUGAUGGUGAUGGCGAUGCGGAUGUCCGGAUGGAAGCUGACGAUCGCGAUACCAUUGUUGAAGAGAUUAAUAUGAAUGGUGAAGAAUAUGUCAUUGUAAACUAAAAAAUAUCAUCAUCUCGUUUCAUUUUUUUCAAUACUUAUCGAUUUUUUGUUUUACCUGUUUAAUUGUUUAAAUGUUUUUUUUUGUUAUUUGAUUG